UUGUUUUUGUUUUUGUUACUUUCAGGGCAAUCACGUCGUUUAAGAGUCCAGAAAGGCGAGAAAGGAGAUCCCGGCGAGCCGGGUACCACGACAGUAGUGACCGGAGACCCGGGACUACCUGGAUCUCCAGGACCCAUCGGACCCCCGGGAUUAAAGGGGGAACUUGGAGAAUCAAUACAAGGACCACGAGGACCCCCUGGACUUCCGGGUCCAGCGGGAGAACCUGGCCGCCCAGCUAUCGGAGCCUCGGUUAGUUUUAAAAAGACGAUCUUAGUUUUAAAUUACUGAAAGGCCUACACGUAAAUUUACUUGGUCAUCCAGCAAAACGAUCGGGGACGGCUAUUCUCGGAGUUAAAUCUAUAGAGUUAUUUGGCGGAGUUUGAGUUAAUCCUCCAAAACCCUGAAUUCAAGAUGUUGGAAAGCUAAAAUGCUUUCCGGCCCAGGUGAAAAAUGAGCCUCUCCCUUUACAAAUCUAGCCCAUUUACUUCCCAGCCGCUGCUACGCAGGCUAUUACAAAUCUUGCUGUAAAUCGACCAAAUGAUUUUUUCUGGCGCAGCGUGUUAACAAAAUUUUAAAAAAGUUUAGGCUAAUAUGGCGGAAGUAGUGCAUGUUCAAAACUCUGCUUGUUCGCUCUGAAGCCUUUUGAAAAGAUUAUUAUAAUUGUUCUGGAUUGCACUUUUUCUUUCUGAAAUAGCGACAUUUAACAUCAUUUCAAUUUGCUAUUCACAGAGAGCCUACAAAAAGUAUCUUUUUGGUAGACAUGACGCGUGGUAACAAAAAGGUCUUUUUGUAUUUUCAGCCUGAAGAUUUAACCGCUCUUAAAGAUCAGAUGAAAAUGCUGUCUGCCAUAGUCAUGGAGUUGGAAGAAAAAAGUAAGCAAAACAAAGCAUGAGUUUCCAUUUCUAUUUAAAGAUAGUUAAAGCAGAAUAACUUUGUUUAUUCAGGCAAAUAUCAGUUAGAAUUCAAAGGCAACAUUUUUUGGAAGGGCCGUCUGGUUAGCUAUGCUAGUUGGAUACCGCUGAGUAGUAUUUUGAGGAUGCUUGAACCAAAUCAUCCAAAAUGGCGGCAAACCCAUGAAUGCUAUCUAGAACUAAUGAAAAUGGCGACCUCCCAGUAGGGUGGUUAGACAAACUGGUACAAACCGGUUUUUGGGGGGUGGUGGGAUGCAGGGCAUGUUGUUUCAUGCGAGGGAGCAUGAAGCGCGGGUGGACGCGUGUUUUUGUUAUUUUAUAAAAAGAAGAUGUUAUCGAACGAGUCUUACGUCUAAAUUGCGCAGCAAAUUGAAUGUUGCUUGGCGUAUUCUAAUGAGUUUUGCCUACUUUCUCUGGGAUACGACUGCGAUGCGUUAAGGCCGCGGUACACACUAGGCGACAACUUGUAGCAAAUGAUGUUGUGGCGAUACGUCGCAGCGACAAAUCGCUCCGUGUGUACUGGAGAACUUUUGUGAAAAUCUUUGUCUCACAAAUCACUCAGUUUCGGAUUGCUACACCACUAUUAGCAGCUAGAGGUAGUCGGUUAGCAGUUUCCUUCUUGCUGAUUGAUUCUGACUUGAUCUUGUUUGCUUAGUUUCCAGGUGUGAGUGCACUGCUGGGAGUCAGCGAGGUGUGGCUAAAAAGAGCGACGCUACAAUGUACCCUUCAACUCUACCGAACAUUGAAUCACAGACCACAAAAGCCACCACUUCAGAGCCAUUGUUCGCUCCACCCGCCAGACGUUGA